UAAAUAAUCCAGUGCCAUGUCCCUUUAAAACCUCUGACAAAAAAGCCCAUCUGAUCCCUGAGCUCCAAUCACCAAUUCCUUCUCCAAAAGCAGCCUCUGCAUUUUUCUGCCCGUCUGAAUGCUGCUAGCAGGGCGAAAAGAGAAAGAGAGAGAGGGCUGAGGAGGGUAAGGAGAGGAGAGACGGGGAGAGAAAGCGCUGGAGAAAUGUGAAAAUCUGGAGGACAGAAGGAGAGGGGUGGAUGGCGAGCGGAGGUCCAGAGCUGAGGGAGUUAUUCAGGGACUCCUUAAGAGCAGCACAGCCCGGAUCAAAAUGUUCUUGCCCUUGAGGAGUUCCCUGAGCAGUCUUUACUGGACUGAGAGAAAGUCUACCAUUAACUCAUGCUGUGUUCCCCUGCUUUGCUAAAUCUGUUGGAAAGAGAUUAAUGGAUCUUUACCCUUCUUUACCCUCCUCUUCACCUCUGCAAAUCGGCUUCAGCUCAUAGUGGAGAAGACUGCUGACUACCCCUCAGCUGAGUUCUCUCUGGUGGAGGAUGUGGCGCUGCACUUCACCCGUUUGAUGGACAGGCUGAACGAGCAGCGCCUCUUCCAGCCGGACCUCUGCGACGUCGACCUCGUUCUGGUGCGCCAGCGCAGCAACUUCCCUGCCCACAAGGGGGUGCUAGCUGCCCACAGCCCCUUCUUCCAGGCACUGUUCACAAGGGGCAAGGAGCUGCGACGUGUGGACCUGGCACUGGAGGCGCUGACCAGUCAGGGCCUGCAGCAGAUCCUCAACUUCAUCUACACCUCUAAACUGCUGGUUACAAGCCGGACUGUGCGGGAAGUUCUGCGUGCUGCGUCUGUGCUCCAGAUGAACGAACUGGUCACGUCCUGCCGCGAGCUCAUCAGCAGCCAGUCUCUAGGCUCCGGAGAGGCAAUGGGCAGCCAGGAGGAGCGGCGUGGUCAGCUGUACCGUGAGGUCAAGCAGGAGGAGGAGGUGAGGAACAUUUUCGCUCGAGAAGAAAGUGGCCCCUUUUCAGUGCGGCUAGUGGACGGCAGGACGACCAACCUGCAGACCAAACACUUCUACAAGAAAGAUGAGGCUGGAGUGGGCGGUGCAUCAGGAGGAGACAGGGGCUUAUGUAAAGUUGAGGGGGGCGAGGUUGGUUCUGAGGGGGUGGAGCCUCAAGAAAGCUCCACCUCCUUCAACAGAGAACAAAUCAUUGUGGAGGUCAACCUCAACAACCAGACCCUGAACGUCUCCAAGGGGACAGAGGGCAAGACCGUCGCUGCAGAUAUCGCCUCAUUGCUCACCCUUCGACGAAACGAGCGGCCCAAAGCUGGGGGUAGUGACGAAGAUGACGACAACGAUGACGAGGAAGCAAAGGAAUAUGAGCGGAGAGAGGAAGAACAGAUGGAAAACAGCAGUGAGGAGGAGGAGAGGGAUGAUGAGGAGGAGGACGAUGAUGAUGACGAAGAAGAGUAUGAAGGUGAAGAAGAAGAAGAGGAGAAUGACCUGAGCAUUCCAGAGGUGAGACAGGCCAUCUUGGAGCGACCUCGGCGGGGCACGAGAGCGAGCACUGCUGUAUCUCUACGCCAGAGCCUCAUCAGCGGCACUCUUCCCUCAGGUCAGGAGGGUCGUCGAGGGAAGAAGGAGCAGGAGGCCAUGGGACAGAAGGUGAAGCUGGAGGAGAAGCAGCACUUCCCUUGUAAGAAGUGUCCGCGCAUCUUCAACAACCGCUGGUAUUUGGAGAAGCACAUGAACGUCACUCACAACCGCAUGCAAAUCUGCAACAAGUGCGGGAAACGCUUCCUGCUGGAGAGUGAACUGCUGCUGCACCACCAGACCAACUGUGAGAAAAGCAUACAGUGUGUGACGUGUGGCAAAGCAUUUAAGAAGCUCUGGUCUUUGCACGAACACAACAAGAUCGUCCACGGUUACGCAGAGAAGAAGUUCUCCUGUGAGAUCUGUGAAAAGAAGUUCUACACCAUGGCACAUGUCAGGAAACACAUGGUCGCUCACACUAAGGACAUGCCAUUUACCUGUGAGACAUGUGGGAAGUCCUUUAAGCGGAGUAUGUCCCUGAAGGUCCACUCCCUGCAGCACUCUGGGGAAAAACCAUUCAGGUGUGAGAAUUGCAGUGAACGCUUCCAGUAUAAGUACCAGCUUCGCUCUCACAUGAGCAUCCACAUCGGUCACAAGCAGUUCAUGUGCCAGUGGUGCGGCAAGGAUUUCAACAUGAAGCAGUACUUUGACGAGCACAUGAAGACACACACUGGAGAGAAGCCGUAUAUCUGUGAGAUCUGUGGGAAGAGCUUCACUAGCAGGCCCAACAUGAAGCGUCACCGGCGCACACACACCGGUGAGAAGCCCUACCCCUGCGAUGUGUGUGGCCAGCGCUUCCGCUUCUCCAACAUGCUCAAGGCCCACAAGGAGAAGUGCUUCCGGGUCAGUAACCCGUUAGUCCCCGAUGGAACCCCCCUGGGCCUGGACUCGGCGUCUCCCGGCGCGCUGGCCGGCCGGUCCGUGACUCCUCCUGCUGAAGCGUCCAGCCCCCUUUCCCUUCCCCUUCUUCACUCCAUCGGGGGUCUUCCCCCUCCUCCUCCCCUCUUCUCCACUGGAAGGAUCAGCUCAAACAACAACUAACAGCGUUCGGUAGAAUCUUAGUGGGUCCUUUUCCGUUAUCUGGGACCCAAAGCAGUAGAUCGUUUGACUCUGAGAAAGCCAUGCAAGUUACAGGAGAGAUGAAGCACUUGGGGAUGGGGUUUCUGACCUGCUGAAAGAAGUCUGAGACAUGUAGCGGAUGUUUUUAACAGUGUGAGACACUGUAUGAUCCUUUGAUGCUGUGCGAGCGAUGACUUUAGCGUUCUCGUAGAGAUAUUUUAUAUAUAUUGUCAAGAGUAGCUACGCAUAAUAUUCAGAGAAAUAUGUUCUCAUUUCUGUUCAUAUCUGUGUUUUUAUGAGCUAAGGGAGCUGGCUUCUUGAUGGUUAGGUUCUUAUGCUCAGUUGUUUGGGCCUAAGAUUGACAUGGUGAAACUUUGAUGCAGCAAGAUUUGUGGAACAAAUGCAACUUAACUUAGCUGAUAUUAUUCAAAUAUUGCAGUGUACUUUACAAAAAAUGUUUAUGAUGUGUUAUUUAGUAUACAUUUUUAUCUUAAGUAAUUAUUUUAAGUAAUUUGCAGCAAAGAUCCAAAUCAAUUAGAGGUGAAAUUCAAACAAGUGUUAUAUAUUAGCAUUCUGGUUAAGCUAACUGGUUACCAGCAAGAAAGCUGCAUUACUCCAAGAAACAAUUUUUUUUUUUUUCGUUGCCCGUGUCCAAAACCAUAUAUGUAUUAUUCUAAUGGUGGUGCACUUGUUUGACAUAGGAGAGGCCAUUUGUUUUUUUAAGUAAUGUUAAUUAAAUUAGAGAAAAUAAAAUAAUAAAUUAUUUUUUAUUAAUAUUAUAAUAUCAAUCAUAAUAAUAACAAGUAGCAUGUAUAUCUCUACUGAUACAAAAUAUGUUUUAGCACCUACUGUUUGCAAACAGUGCAUAUGAAAGUGGCCUAACUGCAUACAUCUCGUCCUGUUUUAAAUAUACAGCUCUGGAAAAAAAUUAAGAGAGCACUUCAGUUUCUGGAUCAGUUUCUCUGAUGUUGCUAUUUAUAGGUAUAUAUUUGAGUAAAAUGAACAUUGUUGGUUUAUUCUAUAAACUACAGACAACAUUUCUCCCAAAUUACAAAUAAUAAUAUUGUCAUUUAGAGCAUUUAUUUUUUUGCAGAAAAUGAGAAAUGGAUGAAAUAACACAAAAGAUGCAGAGCUUUCAGACCUCAAAUAAUGCAAAGAAAACAAAUUCAUGUUCAUAAAGUUUUAAGAGUUCAGAAAUUAAUAUUUGGUGGAAUAACCCUGGUUUUUAAUCACAGUUUUUAUGCAUAUUGGCAUGUUCUCCUCCACCAGUCUUACACAGUAAUUUGGAUAAUUUUAUGUCACUCCUGGUGCAAAAAUUCAAGCAGUUCAGUUUGGUUUGAUGGCUUGUGAUCAUCCAUCUUCCUCUUGAUUAUAUUCCAGAGGUUUUUAAUUUGGUAAAAUCAAAGAAGCUCAUUAUCUUUAAGUGGUCUCUUAUUUUUUUUUCCAGAGCUGUAUUUAUUAUAGGAUAUUAUGGGAGUUGUUUAGAACUAAGCCCCCAUAGUUUAAGUAAAUAAAGUUGAAGAAGUAAGGAGACAGAGUGGGAGCGAAGUAGUUUAACACGAAGAUGAUGUAAAUUCAUUUAUUUUAUCACUUCAAAAACACUGGUGCUGUGAGGCAGAUUAAAAAAAAACACAAGCUUAAUAACCAGGGUAUUUAAACAUCUCUAUUUCAUAUAUCUGUAUCUAAUAGCUAUCAGCCUUUUUAAAUGACAUUGCUGUGCGAUUAUAAUAUAUUGACCAAAAGCAUGUUUUGUUAAAACAUGUCUAACCACAUAAAAUAUACAUAAAAUAGUACAUUUUACUACAUAUUGUUCUGUCCAGCUUAAUCCCAAAACCCAUAUAGGAUGGUAGCAUGUGGUUUUGGACACAGCCAAAAUAUUCCGUCAUCACAUGAUGUGUUAUCAGUGUUUUGAUAUUAUUUUUCAUUAAAUGAUCUUUAGUUAAGAUAACUAGGUGUAAGUUUGCCUUCAGCUGAAGCAGUGUGAAGGUUUCACCAUGUAAACUCAGUCUGAGGAAGUUACAAAGAGGUCACCAGAGCUUCAGGGUUAAAGACUGCGGUACAGUUAAGUUGUGUUUCUUUCCUGAUGGGAUUCUCUGCGUUAAGAAUGUCCUUGCAGGUGGAGUGACCUGCAGUUUCUAAAGCCUGUGAAGCUGUGCAGAUGCUGGGAGAUAAAUUGCACCAUUAUCAACAGUGCAAGAAACAACAGUGUGUUCCAGCAGAGGGCGCCAUGCAUUCAAAGACUUGACUUGUGAGUUGGAAAUGUUGCAGUUAUGGUAUAGGAGCGAUAACCAAAUUCUUUACCCUGUUUAUCCUGGUGCCGUAACCAAAUCCUGUGUGCUCAAACGCCAUCAUUAGAUAUAAUAGAUUCAUAAUCACUCCUGCACCUUAUUUUUCUCCAUAGAUUGGUUAUGUUUUAUUCUUAAAGGUCGUCUUUAAAGGGUUUGAUAUGAUGGUUUGUGUCAGGCCUGGCUUGGCCCUUUGUGCCCUGUAUGAAGUUUUGAACGUGUGUUUUGUGUAAUACCUGUGCUGUGCAUAGGUUAAAGAAAGUAUGGGAGCUUUUAGACAGCUGAAGCACUUAAAAGGAUGAAUUCCUAAAUCUUAAUCAUUUACAGAAAGAUAGUAGGAUGCUAGAAAACAUACUAAAUACAAAUAUCAUUGUAUUUUUAAGUAGAAGAGCACUUUAUAAAUAUCGGUCUGUGUAUUGGCCAUCAUUGUGACUGAAAAUCAGAACCCUCAUUUCUUUUUUUUUAUUAGUACAAAGGAUGUACAAGCCGUAGCAGAGCAAUAGAGCAAUAUAUUCCACUAAGACUUAUUGUUAUUUCUACUUAGACCGUUUGUUCUGUACCUGUAAUCACUGAUGGUGGUACUCCUUUCAUUCCAGUGUCUUAUAUAUUGAUUUGGGUCUUGGAUCAGAUGACAAAUCAGUGAUUAUUGCUGAUGUGUUGAUAUCCAUUUGGCUUAACAUAAAGAACAGUGCAGAUAGUUCAUGUUUUAUUAUUAGUUCAUUGAUUAAUGUACCUGAAAGUGAAGUGCGCCUUUGUUUUCCAGUUUUCAUGAGGUUUUGGACUGCUGUGCACUUUUGACCUUUCUUAUACUGAGAUUUUACACUUUAAAGGUUCACUAAGUUGAAUUUCCUUCCAUAAUAAUUAUAUACUGUACAUUAUAACAUUAAAAUGUUUUCUAUAUAUUUUUACUUUCAAAAUCUAGAAGAAUAAAUCAUUUGUUCUUACCAUUUAAGGGACAUUAAGGGAUGUUGGAAGAUGAUUUGAGUUGAGACAGAUUAUAUCUGUCUGUUAUCCCUUAUUUUUCCCCAUAUUUCUAAUACAUAGAAUGAAUUAUUAAUAUUUUGACAUGUUGGAUUAGUGGCUUCUGGUAAAAAGUCUUGUAUUUUUGAAUUUUGCAAUAUACAGCUCUGGAACAAAUUAAGAAACCAUUUCAGUUUCUGAAUUAGUUUCUCUGAUUUUGCUAUUUAUAGUACAUGUUUCCUUAAAAUGAUAAAUGUUGUUUUAUUCGAGAAACUACGGACAACAUUUCUCCCAAAUUCCAAAUAAAAAUAUUGUCAUUUAGAGCAUUUAUUUGAAGAAAAUGAAAAAUGGCUGAAAUAACAAAAAAGACGCCUAGCUUUCAGACCUCAAAUAAGGCAAAGAAAUCAAUAUUUGAUGGAAUAACCCUGGUUUUUAAUUAUAGUUUUCAUGCAUCUUGGAAUGUUCUUCUCCACCAGUCUUACACACUGCUUUUGAAUAAUUUCUACUCCUGGUGCAAAAAUUCAAGCAAUUCAGCUUGGUUUGAUGGCUUGUAGUCAUUCAUCUUCCUCUUGAUUAUAUUGCAGAGGUUUUCAAUUUGAUAAAAUCAAGGAAACUCAUCAUUUUUAAGUGAUCUCUUAUUUUUUUCCCUAAGCUGUAUAUUGCAAAAUAAUGAAUUGACAACCGUGAUAAUUUUUUCAAUAUUUGGGCACAUCCAGUCAAAUUCUCAUUCCAGGUGAAAAUUAAAACUUCCUGUUGGGAAAAGAUGGAAAAUUAGAUGUCUACUUUAGUAUUACACAUAAAACACAACAUAAAAUAUAAAUAUAAGCUACAUUUAAAGUAACACAACCAAGUGUGUACUAUGCCCAUAAUAUUAAUAUAACAUUUUAAUAUAUUUAGUUUUUUAUAAUUUGUUUUCUCCACAGCACCACCAUGUCCCACGUCCUUCACUAUAUCAGUUACAAAAUAAUUUGUACAUCCAUGUUUUUAUUAUUGUUUUUUAGACAUCAUUAUUAGAAGUCAUCAUUAUUGUUUAGCUGCCAGGAAAUGCUAGUAGACAGUCACACUCAGAACUCUCUCUACCUCUGCCUUGUUCUUAUAGGACAUCUUUAUGGGUCAGUAAAGCUGAAUCAUCAGCACAACACCUGAUGCAAAACAAACCAUUUAGCUGCCAAUCAUUCAAAUAUCAUCCCACUUUACCUAACUCAUCAUCAUUCUAACACUAUCAGGGCAUGAUCUACUUCUCCGGGACCCACAUAACCCACCAACCCCCCCCCUGCAGCUACCUCUGAAUGGAUGUAAUGAGUGACAUAUAUCUGUAGACAGACAAAGCUGCCUGAGAGUCCUCUGUUGGAAUGUAGUGAAUUUAGUGAUAGAGAUAUAUCGCUUAGUGGACCUUUAAAGAGUCUCUAUAGAGAAGCCAUGGAAGGUCUGAUUAGAGAAAAGAUGUUUCAGAGAGUUUGUAGAGAUGAUACUAAGAUUUCCUUUUAGAGCAUUAGAGAGGAUAUUUAACAUAUAAAGACGUUUAACAUUAAAGACAGUAUAAUAUAGUCCCAAUAACAGGUAUUACAAACUAUAUAGUCCAUAUUAAAAUAUACAAUGCAGUAUCUAUAGUCUGUAAAUAUCUUGUGUACUCCAUGUCACUUACUGUAUGGGCUGUUUUUUUCUUUUUCUCGUUUUCUGUUUAUCUUGUUUACAAUGUACUGAGAGUCAAAUGAAUGUGGUGAUGUGUAGAGGAGGGGGGUCAGCACUAUUGAAAGAUGUUGAAAGUUGUGGAUAAGCUUUUGUAUUUGUGAUAAGCUCUAAAAUAAUUUUUUUUGACUGAAGCACCUUAAAUUUUAUAGUUGCUCACAUUCCCAUUAAUGUGUGCAAAUGGUGGCAUAUGUGAGAUGAGAUGUGAGAUGCUGUGUGAAUUACUGGUUGAUACCAAAUGGUACAACUUUUGGACUUUUGGAUGUCUUAAUGUGGAGUUUCACUGAUUUUUUAAAAUGUUUACAGAAAUAAAUGGCUAAGUCGUUCAGAGUGGCUUGCUAGAGGAUGGUAUAGUGUUGUGGUACAUGUAGUACGUGACUGGUGCUCAAAAUAUUUUUUCUGGAUAACUCAAAACUGUGAUUUAUGUAGAUGUUUUGAAAUAUCGGUGAGACUCCUCUUUAAAACCACCAUCAUGGAUUUUAGAGCAACAUCAGCACUUAAUUUAUCUUAAUUCAAAUUGUACUUUUAUUGUAAAAUUCACAAGAGACAAACUUACAUGUAGCACAAAAUCUAUAGAUGACAUUUGGAGGUGAUUCCUGCAUGGAAAUUUAAAUAAAGAAAUUUAGAUUAAAAUUCAGAUUAGAUACUUAACCUCUUACCAGGCCUUGGCCUGUAUAUGGCUACAAGUGUAGAUAAUACAAAACCCUUUUUCUCUGCUGUAAAAUAACUUAUUUACAUUCUGAAAACUUUGAGGGCUUUGGAGACUAUACAUUUUACUCUGCUCCCCUUAAUAAUUCCAGAACAGUAACAGGCAUUAAACUAAAUUCUGCAUGUUUAAAAAUAGACGUAAAAACUAGACAACCAUAACUAAAUGGAAGGGUUGCAGGACAUUAAUAGUAAAUUUUUUAUUCAUUAUAUUUUGAAAAUUGAGCAUGAAUAUAUCAAUUCAACAAGUCGAUUAAUAAAAAAAAUACAUUUUUCUGUAUUUGCUAUCAGUAAAAAGGCUCACAGUGCACACAGAGUGUGAUUAAAGGGCUUAUUGUUAUUUACCUACUGUGUGUUGAACAGUUUGUCCUGGAAUGAUGAGCUCAUGAAUCUCUGAUGGUGGUUUUAUACAGAGAGUUCUGUUGGAGCAGUUUUUUUUAUUAUUCUGAAUUUUAUAUUGAAUAGCUUGCACUUACCCUGACUAUGCCUAAAUUGACCGCAUACAUGUAAAUUGUAUUGCAGUGAAUGCUCUGGUAUUGAUUAGUUGAAACUCAGUUCAGUCUGAUCAGUAUGUCAGUGGUUUCAAAACAAUAUCUGUGACGGUUACCUGUAGGCGCAAGCUUUUGUCUUUUUGCUUGUGGCUCAUCCAAUCAGCAGCCAAACUUUAAACGUUUCAAACGUUUGUAAUUAGCUAGGGCAAAAGCUUGAAAACACAUCUGACACUGUUAAUACAAGUCCUGUAGUGUGAUAUAUGUAGGAGUGGGCAGUAUGGCAACAUUUGUAACAUUAUGGUCAAAUCAUGUAUUGUAUCACAAUAUUUAAUAUUUUUCAAUCCAGAUUUUCUUUUUUAGAAUUGGUAUUAAAUUCAUAAAAUCAUAUCAUAAUCCACAAACAGUUAAGAGGUGCAUGUAUAUACAGUUAACCCAGUUACACUUUACAGGCCUGUUACACUCAAUAUGGACACACUUUCUAAUGAACACAUUCAGCUAUUUUAAGUAAAAAUUUAUUUUUAACAAAAAUGUGCAAAUGCACACACAUCUUGUCUCAUCUCUGUAAAGGAACAUUGUCAGAAAAAUUGAUCUCAUGGCACGAUUGGCACCAUGCCUAAUGCCAGGCGUGAUCUAGAUGGGUAUAAAUCCCCUUACUUUGCAAGUACAUGUUAGAAUUGGGUAGUGCUCUAAAAAUAUUGAUCACACCUGGGUUUAAUAAUAAUUAAUCAUUAUUUAACUAUAAUCCAGAAGAUAUUGCCAUAUUGCCCAGCACUAGCAGACAGCAGUUUUCAUUUCUGUUCAAAUGCAUUUUACUAUUUGCCUCUCUUAAUAGUACACUGCUUUCCAUUUAAAAUCCUUUAUCAAUUCAAAUAAAAUGUAUCUAAGAAAAUCUACUUAUAUAGCUCUUUGGCAACUGAGCGCUAUAUACAAAGCAGCUUUACAGAAAUCUUGUAGCCCUACAGUAAUGAAAAUAGGCUGCUUGGUUGCCAGGUGUUCUCCACCAUCCAGUGAUAAACGACACAAUCCAGCUUUCAGUCUUUGACACUUUUUUGCAUUGUUUUGUUAUUGUAACCUCAGCACAUAUAGCUGAGGCUGUGGAGGUUCUGUGGUGCAGGCUGAGGUGGUGCUGUAAUGAACAUGCCUUAAAGUGAAAUGGAGAAACGGAGCUGCCACAGUAGUGAAUGUGCUACGUUUUCACGUAUUAAUGCGAAUCACAGUGGCUUGAUAAUCGGCGAGUGAUGCUACUGAUCUGUGCACUUUGGACUGGUCUGUCUAGAAGAUAAGCAGUGAAAAAAGAUUGAUUUGAAAAGUUUUAUACAGUAUAUACAGUUUGUGAUUGGGAGAAUAUAUCUUGCAAUAAUGUCUUGUGCCAGAUGAUGCGCCUUUUUAAUGCUAGACUGAAGCUGAACACUUUAACUUUUGUUCAAUUCUUUUGUGUUUAAGUUACAUUUUUCAUUUUUUUCCACUGUCCUUGUUGCACCUUAUUGAAUAUUAUGUGUUAAACCCAUAAUACUUGUAUGUGGGAUUGGAAUGGAGUAUUGCUAAAUGUUUUAUUGUCUUUCUUUAGUGCCCGUAUGUUAUGUGUGGUUAUAUUGACAUUGUUUGGGGUUUAUGUAUGGGAGGUGAUGUGCGGGCUGUGAUACACUCAAUAUAUAACAAUACAGUACUGUGCAAAAGUCUAAGAAAUAAUAUGUACAACUAUUUAUCUGACCUGUAAACCCUUGUAAAAAAAAGAAAGUAUACUUAAAAUCAUUAAAAGUAUGUUUUUUUUAAAUAAAAAUACUAAAAGUGCAUUUUCUAUUUAAUGUACUCAAUGAAAAUACACAUUAAACAUAUUUAAAGUACACUUUAGUGACAGUGUCAUUAAGGUGUACACAAUAUGUGUGUCUAUACAUAAAGGAGUACAUUUUCAAUAUACUUUAAGUGUAUUAAAAAUUAUGUUUUAAAAACACACACCUAAAUCUAAAGUUUAAAGAAGAUAUACAAAAAAGCAAAACCUAAUGCUUUUAUGUUGUAUUUAAAAAUAUCUUAAUUACGACUGAAAUAUACUUGCCAUAGUUGCCAUGCAUUGUUCCAAAAUAGUACAUUUAGUAUGUAUUUAAGUAUAUAUUAAUUUUAAUGUUAAAAGUAUGUACUUUUCAGUGUUAAGUAUACUUUAAAACUAUAUAUUUAAUACACUUUUCUUUUACAAGUGAAGGUUCAUUACAUAAAAAAACUAGAAUAAAAAAAAACAGUAAACAGGACUGGAUGUGUGUGAUUAUUUUAGCUUAACCAUUUCCAGCGCUCUCUUGGAAGAUGGCCAAGAAAUUCCAGUUCACAUCCAACAGCUAGUUUAUCUAAUCAGUCCUACAUUAAAAUAAACCAGGAGAGCUGCUGGAGGAAUUUAACAAAUACAUACAGUGUCUGGAGUUUACACAGAAGAUACAACAACUAAACCUGUGUUCUCAUAACCAACAUAUCACAUAUCAGUUUACUGAACAACAGCUCUCUGUGAGCACCUAUGUAAUAUUUAUUUUUUAAACUUUUUAAUAUAGUUAUUUACUUUCAGUUACCACUGAGAAUCCCAUUUUCUGUGGCAUUCUUAAGACUUUUGCACUGUACAGCAUACAGCACUGUUGGACAAAAAUCCCUAGUAUCUCCAAAAUAGUAACUUUACAGGACAAGUGUAAAAAAAUAUUCCAUGUAAUUUUGGAGUAAUUUUAUUGGUAAAUUGGUUCAUCAAGAUUUUUUUUUACACAAUGUGAAGAGCAACUGGCAGAUUCACAUUAUGUCAAAAACGAGAACUGAACAAAAAACAAAAACGGUGAUAAAAGGUUUUUGUUAAACAGUGGCUGUAUCCUACAUCUAGUGUAUACUGGUCAGGCCUGUAUAAGUAUAAUGUUAAACUGCCGAGGCUUAAAACUGAAAGUUGCUUUUUUUUUUUUUAAUGGUUAAUCAUAUAAUUAUUAAUAGUCUUAAAUAGAAAACUUUUUUCCAAAGCUUUUUUUUUUUUUUGAAAGCACUUUAUGUGAAGAUUUUUGACAAGGUAAGAGUUGUUGUGCAUAUAAGUGAUUAUUUUAUGUGGGGUGGGGUUCUGAAGGUUUAAGGCACUUUUUUCACUUUUUCUUUCUUUUCAAAAACCAAGUGGCCAAAUUGUAGUUUGUAACUGAGGGUGAGUUUCACUAAAUGAAUAGGAAAUGCACUGUAUAGACUGUGUAUUUGUAAGCGAAUGUGUUUUCACAUGAUGGGUAAAAUGGACCAUGUUCUCCAUCUUUUUUAUGUUUUUUUUGUCUGUUUCCUUUUACUCAUUUGCUGCUAGUUGUGUUGCAGUUAGCAUUUUGUGGCCUUCUUAAAUUCAUUUUGUUUUUCUCAAGCUACAACAUUUUGGAUAUAUAUGAUAUAUAACCAUUUUUAUGGCAACAGAAAGAGAAAAUCACACUGAAAGAGAGGGACAGUGUUUGAGCUUGUUUAUUUUGUUUCCUGUGGGAUUGAAAAGAAUGAAACAAAAGCCUAAAUGAAUUUGCACAUAGAAGAGAUGUAAGGUCAAGGAGAACCCAUAGUCCAUGCAAGUACCAUGGAACGUGUUGCAACCAAAUCAAAGAUGGAAUUACUUUUUUUUUUUU